AUGGAGACCGCGUGGACAGACGAAACUCUUUUGAAGCUUCUCAACGCGGUGAAAAGUAACAUUCCGGAACCUGAUAGAAUGAAAGCGUUCUCCCAUGGCGUAAACACGCUCAACUGGGAAAAUGUGGCAUUUCCUCCUUUUUCGGCUAAAGAUUGCUUGGAAAAGUGGAGAGUUGUGUCACGAAAGAUGCGCAAGAUUCGAACACUUACAGAGCUUGUUGAUGAAGCGGUCGAUCAAAUUUCAAAUUCAACCAAAAAGCCUCCAAAGCGACCCAGCCUUCCAAUAUAUGUCUUUUACAAUGAGAACUUCUACAAAUACCAAGCGCUGCACCCGGAGUUGAGUCCACAGGGGAUUUUCUCAUUAGUAUCGGAAAAAUACAACGGCUUGACUGAGGAAGAAAAGGCCCCUUAUGUGGAACAAUACCAUCGCGCGCAUGCGGAAUACUCAAAAUUGAGGAAGAAGGCUGCAGAGACUGCACUAGAUGACCAGAACGCGAGUGAAAAUGAAGCAAAUUCCAUGGAAUCAACAGAGGACGCCCAGCCUCCAAAGCCACCCGGGAGUGGUUAUCAUCUAUUCUGCAAAGAGCAAGCGGGGUCCAUGCAGGGGGUUCCUAAAAAUGACUACGUGGCCACGUGGGCCCAACGUUGGCGCCAGUUGAGCGACGCGGAGCGAAGCGCUUUCAGUACACGGCAUUUACAAAUGAAAGAAGAUUACGCUAGGAAGUGCAGGCACUACCUGUCAAAACGUCAAAAACUUGCCGCCCAUCAAAUUAAUAAAAUCCAGGAGGAUUACAGACCCUCGGACUCCGAAGACGAAGACCUAGAAGUCAGCAGUAGCAGCGAUGAAGAGCAAGAGUGUUUCACUUGGGAUGAGGAUGAUGAAAACGACGUCAACGAGAACAUCUUCGAUGUAUUUUAG